AUGGGGCUUAAACAUAUGGGCAUUGCCUCCAUGAUUCUACUAAAUGCCAUAUUCACUUCCUUUUACAUGGAUGUAUUUAUGAGGCAGCAUAUGCUGAGUGUUGAGCAAAAUGGUGCCCGCGCUGUUAGCAAGAGAAAUCGGCAGAUCUUCUGGCAAUUGGGGUUGGGCCAGCUAAUAUAUGCCUUUUGGAGGGGCACACGGGAUGUUUUUUUUGAUUGGCGUGGGAAUUUUUGUUUCUCUGCUUUUGCCUAUUUAAAAUUUUGGCGAUUGUCACGCGUUGGUCCUACCUGGGCCGUAUCAUUUGUGCUGCUCUGGUUACCAAUGCUUGUAACGUUUCUGUCUAGUGCGGUGCAGUUUACUCUAUGGAUGGCUCUAUACGAGCAUCUUUUGGUAUGCUGCGAGUCAGCACUGCGCACAUUGCCAAAGGGGGAGUUGGGACAGAAUGAUCGCGGUUUUGUCGCGUACCACAUAUUGAGUGGCGUGGGUGUGGGGACGGCGUAUUACCUGAGCGAGUUGGGAGGAAUGGAGCAGGAAGAGUUGUAUGCAUUUCGUUUAUUCACAACGAUAUGCGGGCUUCUUGCGGCACUGCUACUUUAUGCCUGUGGCCGCCAGCAGCGCAAAACGCUGAAAGGGCACGAGGGCGUGGAAGAAGGCAGCGCAGUGAAUUCCGAAGAGUUUGCCCGGUUUGCACAACAGACCAUGAAUCGGUGCAGCAUGAAAGCAACGAUGUUUUUGUGGGCGCUACAGGGUUAUAGUUCUAUCUUUUCUACAGCAUUCUUUAACAUUUUUUUGGACAUGAGUAGUAGCACGGUUUCUGUCUCUGUGCGGAUCCUUUUUUUGCUUUUUACUUAUGCAGCGCCACAUGCAGUUGUUGCCGUUGCCGUUUUAUUUUACAAGCUGGUGGGAAAGAAGAGUGUUGUCAGUGGUGUUCUGGCCACGAGAGCCGUUGUGGGCGUCCUUUUUCUCGCAGUUGCUGCGCAAGAGGCACAAUGUUUUUUUCAUUUUAUGAAUGCCAAUUUUUCUUCGAGCAUCUUUUUAUUGCUGCUCUUUUUGAACCGUGUGCUGACAGACGCAAUGGGGUACUUGCAAGAGUCUAUCCUUUCUGACCUUGUGGAUGAGGAUACGGUCAUAUUCUCUCGUACGAAUCCAACGACAGAGAUGACACGGCGUCUGUUGGCAAUGGUGUCGAAGCCGUCGGGGUAUGUAGCAUUGGCGGCGACAUCUCUCAUUUUUGCGUACAUGGGCUGUAGUCAUUCAAGUCGCCUUGAGGAGACUCCCGGUGCUGCGGUACUUGCUGGUGGGACGGCACUGUUGACAUCGCUGCUGACGUUAUGCGCAUGGCAGCGCUAUUACAAUCUCGAGGGGAACCAUCUGCAGUUUGUGCGGAUGGCCUUACGUAGGCGCACCGACAAAGAUGCACGAUUGGUGUGA